CCCGCUCCUUCUUGAAUCUCAUCUUCUCCUCUGCAAUCUCCUCCACUUUUUCACUCUCUCCCUCUCUAGCUCUCGCUCUCCCUCUCUUCCUCCCGCUCUCGGAGGAGAUACCCAGAAAGGGAGAGGCCUUAGAAAGAGAGUAAGAGAGAGGGAGCGGGGGGUGGUUUGGAGAGAGAAAUGUGAAGCAGCUUCUUCUCUGGAAAUGGAUACUCCAGAGAGGAACCAGAUCGCCGCUCCCAUCUCCAAAUUCGAGGACUCCCCAGUUUUCAAUUAUAUCAACAGUCUCCCCAUAAAGCCAGUGAAGUCCAUACGAAUCACUCAGGCAUUCAGCUCACUGACUUUUGGAUCUCUUCCGUCCAUUUUCACUUCUCCACAUGUCAGUUCUUCUCACAAGGAAUCGAGAUUUCUGAGAAGCCAUCAAGACUCAGAUCCAUCAAAUAUCGGAACUUCUUGUAAAGAUGAGAAUAAAAUUCCAACAGCUGAACGAUGUUUGGAUGUGGCUCAGUUGGCUGAAAAUGAAAGUGAGCUGCAGGAAAACUUUGAUAUCUUGGUUCCCAUUGGAGAAUCUUCUGUUGAGCCGCUUGAUGAGCACCAAGAAUUUGCGCUUGACCUGCCGCAAUCCUUAAAGUACGACUGUGGCAGUCCAAAUUCCGACCCAACGCCAUGUAGCACUGCUGCAGAUUGUACUGUGUCCAAGUCAGAUGCUCCUGUUGUUGAAAAAAAUUCCCAAAUAGACUUACCUGAUGGUAGGUCACAUCAGGAGGGAACUUCUCAACAGAAAAAUGAUACAGGGUGUGGAUGGGAGAGUUUGGCUUUAGAGUCAACUGACCUUUUAAUAUUUAGUUCCCCUAAUGAUGCUGCUGCUUUUAGACUGAUCCAGAGAUCACCAGAUGUAGAGGUGGGAUAUUUCACUUCUAUGGUGUCAAAUUUUCCUGAGAACGAGGUUAGUGAAGAACUGAAAAAGCAGUUACUGUAUCAACUCACUUUUAACGAACAGCAUGAAGCAGAGGAGCCUUCUUGUCAGCCUGUAGAUCCCAGCGAACAGAAAGACACAAAUACUUUGUCGAAUGGUGUCGCGAUAAGCAAUCUGGAUAAUCACACUGGUACUUAUUUGAGUGUAAAUAUGGAUAAUGAGGUGGGAGCGCAUAUUCCAUUUGCUAAUAAGCCUAUCUCUGAUCUACCUCGUGGUAUGAGGAGGCGCUGUCUUGAUUUUGAGAUGGUGGGAACUCAGCAGAAGAGCUUGGACAGUGGUUCAGGUGGUAUUUCUUCACCACUACUUAAAUCCGAUGAGAAUGAUAUCCCAAAAAAUAAGCAACUGGUCGUUGUCAAAGGUGGAGGUGAUUCUUCACGGUGUAUUGUACCUGGAAUUGGCUUGCACUUGAAUGCUUUGACUUCAACUACAAAGGACUCCAGGAUUGUUAAACAUGAAAGCUUGUUAUCUGAUUCUCCCUUGACCAAUCAGGAGUCGCUUCACAAGUCUUUGACUUUGAGUAAUGCUGAAGAGAUGGACCAUGAUAAUGGGCUUCAGGUUGCUGAAGAAGUUUCUCAAGCACCCACUGAUCUGAACUAUGAAGAGAAUGGCCAGACUAGUCCCGAAAGAAAAGGUAUGCAUGAUCUGAGACGAAUGGAGAAUGGCGGAGAAAGUGAGACCUGCAAGCGCUGUAAUUGUAAAAAAUCAAAAUGUUUGAAGCUUUACUGUGAAUGUUUUGCUGCUGGUGUCUACUGCAUCGAGCCAUGUGCAUGUCAAGAUUGCUUCAACAAGCCUAUUCAUGAAGACACUGUUCUUGCAACUAGAAAACAGAUCGAGUCACGUAACCCGCUUGCAUUUGCUCCAAAAGUCAUUAGGUCUUCUGAAUCUGCUUCUGAAUACGGGGAAGAUUCUAGCAAAACGCCAGCUUCAGCACGACAUAAAAGAGGAUGCAAUUGUAAGAAGUCUAGUUGCCUCAAGAAAUACUGCGAGUGCUAUCAGGGUGGUGUUGGCUGCUCCAUUAACUGUCGAUGCGAAGGGUGUAAAAAUGCAUUCGGUACAAAAGAUGGUUCUGCUUUGAGAGGACCAGAUUGCGAAGAAGAAGAAGAGACUGAGAAGUGUGAAAAGAACAAAGCGGAGAAAAUUCCUUGGAAAAUGGAAAAUGAGAAUAAUGAUGAGCUAAAUUUAGCUUCUGCUCUUCCAAGCACACCAUCCGGGUUUCGCAGACCUUUGGUUCAGUUGGCAUUUCCAUCGAAACUCAAGCAGCCGCGUUCAUCAUUCGUCACCAUUGGAUCCUCUUAUGCAUUGCACUCUAGCCAGAAAAUGGGAAAACCGGAUCUUCUACUACCGCCGCCACCGAAAUUCGAAAAACUUCCUCUAACUAAGAUGGAGGACGAAAUUCCCGAGAUCCUCUGCAGCAGCAGCACGCCAACGGCCAGCAUAAAGAGCACCUCUCCUAACAGCAAGAGGGUCUCUCCGCCACACAGCGACUUUGGGACCUCCCCGAACCUGAGGAGCGGUCGCAGGUUGAUUUUACAAUCGAUUCCAUCCUUUCCUUCUCUCACUCCUCAACACUAGAAGUGAGCCGUAUCAUGAUUUUCUGCUCGAGAAUCGCCUUGGUACUUCCUUGAACUUCGCCUCGUUGAGAGGCUUGUCGCUCAAUGGCAAUUUUUAAGUGUCUUUUUCUUUCCGAUGGACGCGCAGUAUAAUAAAAGCUGUAGCAUGCUCUUAAGAAUACCAAUGUAUAUUGUAAAAUAGUCAAGUUUCAGUUGAUUCAAGCUCCACAGUUCCUUUUGCUUUCU